AUGUAGUAAUAGGCAAAUACUGGAUAUGGUAUCUGGAUGAAGUAUUAACCAUUUAGAAGUAUUGAUGAUCUAAGUAUCCAUCAUAUAAUUGAUAUUAGGAAAUAGAUAUACUUAAGAAGAUAAUGGUUUGAAUUAUUAAAAAGUUGUUAAGGGCGGACAAUUUAUUUAUUCUAUAGAAUAAGGACAAAGUUAAUAGAAUAUAAUUGUUGUUUCUGUUUAUAUUGAUAUUGAAAGUGAAUUAAUCCAACAUCAUGUACUUUACUCCACUUUGUUGAAAUAGCAUAAAUUAUAAUUUACUUAGGAUAAUUAAUUAUAUGAAGGAGUCUGGAUUAUGUUUUUUGUAUUUUUUGAUGUAAACUAAAAAAAAACAACCUUUGGAUACAAUAAUCUUAAAGGAAUGUCAUAGAUUUAAGUAGUGUAGGAAAUUCCAUUUUUAGAAUAAAAGAUUAAACAUAUUUAAGGAGGUCUUUAUUAAUAUAUUGAUAAUUAAUAAACACUAGUCAUAUUAGAUUAAUUUCAAGGUCAGUUAUCUUAUGCUUUUACAUCAAAAUUUGAGAAUAUUUUUGAUGAUAUAAAUCUUUGUGUAAAUAGAUUCAUGAGAUAUUUUUAUUGUCAAGAAUUUGAUUAUGUUUUGACUGAUUGGAACUAAUAAAUGAAGGGAGAUAUAUAUAUUCAUUAAACUACAAUUGAAUUAGACGUUCCUAAAUAUGUAAUUCAUGGAUGGAUAAAAUUAAACUUAAUAUAUUAAUAUAAUCUGGAAACUAUAAUAUUUAGAAUCACAAUAAAUAAAGAUUAUAAUGAUGAUCUUAACUUAGGUGAUCAAGUUGCUCUACUUAAAUAUUACUAAAGUAAUAUUCCAGCUGAAAAUGGUUUUGAAUUAUCUACAUAUUCUUAUUAAUUUCCUGUUAAAAUACGAUAUUAGACUCAGAAGGAUGAUAAGAUAAGUGAUUAUGGUGAUUAAUACUCAGAAUUAUUUAUUUAAUGGCAUUACAUCUAAUAUGAAUUUGGGUCUGAUAAUAUUGGAGGAUAACCAAUUUUUUCAAUUUAUUUCCCAUCUAUAGAUAAAGUGAGAAGGUUCUAAUGGAACAAGAUAAUAAGGCAUUUUACAGGAGCUAAACUUGAAAUUUAUUUAGGUGGAGAUGAUUAUACUAAUUUUUUUAUGAAAGGAUUUAUAAGUGAAAUGACAUUUACUAUUUUUUGUGAAUCAGCACCCAUUAAGAAUCCUCCUUGUCAUUUUACUUGUUUUACUUGUAAUGGUCCUACAUAAUUUAAUUGUAUUAGUUGUUCAGAGACUUAAUUUAGAUAUUUUUCUAAUAUUGAAAACUCUUGUAUUUGUUAAGAUGGUUAUUAUGAAAAUGAUGUUGGGAUUUGUGAAUCUUUAGUUAUUUCAUUACCUUAAAUUUUAAGAUAGGAAGUUGAAAUUAAAUGCAAAUUAAUAGGUUAUAAUAUUUGUAAUGAAGAUUAAAUUGAAUGUACGUUUGGGUAUUUUUAAAUCCAAAAUAAAUGCAUUUAGUGGUAUGAAAUGAUAUAUUGGUUAGUCCUCAUUAUAGUGAAAUAAUGUCUAUCGUCCAUUUUACAUGUUUUAAUUGUAUCAUAUCUCCUUAGGAAUUUGCCAAAAACUUAACUUGUUUUUAAGAAGCAAGUACCUAUUAAUACAAUUAAGAAUAUAUUUAUCAAAUAAGAUUGAAAAAUUAAAAUGAAAUUAGCUUUUAUGAAAUUUCUGUUGGUUAAGAUUAAAACUUUGAAUUAGUAUUAUGUAUUAAUUGUGUUGGAAAAUAAUUAUGUAAGCCAGGCUAUUUUUAUACAGAUAAUUAAUGUAUAAAUUGUAUUGAAGGUUGUCAAACAUGUUUAGAUAUUAAUAAUUGUGAUUAAUGUUAUCCAAAUUAUUAUAGAGAUUUUGAAAAUAAAUGUAAAAGUUGUUAAAAUUGUGCAAGUUGUACAGCUUAUAGAGACGAUAUAUAUUGUGUUACUUGUGAAGAAAAAUAAAUAUUAGUAAUUGCAACUUGUCUUUAAUGUGGAAGGAAUUGUGAUUAAUGUGAUGACUAUUAAUAUUGUAAUUUUUGUAUCGGAUCUCCAUAAGAUUAUUAUAUUUCAUUAGAUGGAAUAAAUUGUAAUGUCUGUAACAUUGAUAAUUGCAUUUAUUGUUUUGAAUAUUAUUUUAACAACAAUCAGUACUUUACAACAUUAGAUAUUAAAUUCUCUACUUUUAAUUCUCAUUUUCAUUAAAUAAAUGUAGGGUGCGCUUUGUGCUCUAAAAACUACUUUUAUAAUUAGAAUACUUAAUAAUGUGAAUUGCAGAUAUUUGAUAACAAUUAUAAUUGUGAGUUUGCUAUUAUAAAUUAAUCUGAUUUUAGCAAAAAAUGCAUCAGAGGCUCAGAAAAUGCAUUUGCUAUAUAAAUAUAAAAAUGUCCAGGUAUAUCAUUUUGUCUUGAAUGUAUAAAUAAUUAUAAAGAUAAUGAUCCAUUUUGUAUCAUUUGUUAAGAUGGAUAUUAUUCACAUAUCUUAACAGGUCAAUGCAGUCUUUGUCCUAAUGAUUGUAAGUCAUGUAUUUAAUAAAACAAAAGAUAUAGAGAUUAUUGGAAGUGGGAUAUUAAGGCAUUUUAUAAGUUUUUUCUUAAUGGAAAUAAUGACCAUCCUUUUGAAGAUUUUGCAUCUAAUUCUUCCGAAAAAGAAAUGGAAAUUAUAUGUACUUCUUGUCAUAUCGGAUUUAUCAUAGAUUAAUUCAAAUGCAUAUAAGAUUGUGAUAAAGCUUGUUAAAAAUGUGAAAUUAUAAAUGGAAAAUCAACUUGUAUUAAAUGCAAAGAGACUUCUAAGAGUCUUUUAAAAAGUUAGAGUAAAGAUGGAAUUUGUUAACUUUGUCCUUCAAAUUGUGUUGCUUGUUUGGACAGAUAGGAAUCUGAAAUAAAAAAAAUCAACCCCUAUUUUAUUUUAACUAGUUAAAAUGUAUAAUAAACAAGAAUUUGUUUUGAAAUUUCUUAAAAGACCUUAUCAAAUACUCAUUAUCAUUAUGAUACAUUCACCUAAACUGUAUCAACUUGUAAUUAGAAUAAACAAUGUUAUAAUAGAAUAAUUUUUAAAUUAAAUUUGUUUUGUGAUUAUUCAGAUUACUUUGAAAAAAUGUUUUCUUAGAAUGAUAUAUAUUUUGCCAAGACAAAUCUACCUCUUGAUAGAUUUUAUGAUGAAUACUACUUAAAUUUUUAUGAAUCCCAAUAGCUUUAUACUUAUUUAAAUGAAAUUUAAGUUAAAUAUGCUUCCUAUGAAUUUACAUUAAUAUAAGGUUAUGCUGAAGAGUGCCUUAUGAAAAAUAACCUAAAUAUUUACUCAACCUUAUUAUAAAAUGUAUUUACUUUGUAAAAAAUUGACAUAGAAUUUUUAGGGAAAGAGUAUCCAACAAAAUUAAAAAUUGAUUCACAAAUUAAUUUCAGUAAUUUUACAUCUGUGACAUUUACUAAUAUUCAAUUUAAUUUUGGUGAAAAUAUAUUUACUUUUUCAGAUUCUACUUUGAUUAAUUUAUAUAAUUUAAAAUUAACUUUAGUCUUAAGCUUUAAUAAUUGCAUUUUUAUAACUAAAAAUGGAUUAAACAAAAAUUACACAUUAUAAAUUAAUUCUAAUACUCCUUAUUCACUUAUAAUCAACAAUUUAAUUUUGGAAACAUUUCAUAUUUAUUCAUCAAAUCUAUUUUAAUUUAUUGCUUAAAUGAAUGGUUAAAAGAAUUAUCUUUUUUUAAAAAAUCUCAUAAUCAGAAACUCUUUUUUUUUUAACUCCACAUUAUUUAAAUUUAUUGCUAAUAUCGAUAACUUAAAUUAUAAUUCAAAUUUUUCUGAAGUUGAAGUAAGAGAUACUAUAUUUUUGUAAUCUUCAUUUAUAUUAAGUAGCAGCCUUUUAAAUUUUACAACUGGAACUAUAUUAAUUGAAAAAUUAAGGCUAAAUCAUUUUAGAAUGUUAUUAAAUUCUAAUUUUGUUUAACUUCCUUCUGUUAUUUAUGCAAAAAUUGAAGAAGUUGAGUUAGAGAAUUGUUAAUUUCUUAAUUACUCUAAAUUUUACUCAUCAAAUAUAAUUAAUAUUGAAAAUAGCAUUGUGAAUAAUACAAAAAUUAUUGAUAGCAAUUUGAUAAUAAAUGAUGUAGAUUAUUCAAGAUCUUAAUAAGCUUUGUUUGAAUCAUCUAGAAUUUAAAUAAAGUCUUGCUAAUUUUUGAAUAAUGAAUAUAAUAAUCAUUAGUAAAUAAUACUUAUUAAGAGAUAUGUAGAAAUAACUAAUGCUUCUCUUUAAAUAGAGAAUUUAUUCAUGUUAAACAAUAGAUUGACAACAAAGAUAUAACAAAAUUAAAUAUCAUAUCACUAAUCUAUGAUUUAUAUUGAAUGCUAAAUCUGUUUAUUACAAAAUAUAAUCAUCUCAAGAGGGUAUGGAUUUCCGGAAUUUAGUAUCCUUAAUUCUGAUAUAUUGACAAUACGGAAUUUAACAUUCUAAUAAGAUUAACGAUACUUCUCAAAAACUUUACAUACAUCAAUAGAUUGUGUUAAAAAAUUUACAAUCAUGGAUUUAUAUUUCAUUAUAUUUAUUGGUUAAUAUCAAAUUGUGAAUAUAGAAUCAUUUAAUAUUAUAAAUUCGUUAAGUUUUAAUAACCCUUAUAUCAUAUUUUAAGGAUAUGACAUAAUGAAAAAAUCAAUAAAUGAAUCCAUUAUUAUCUAAGAUUCAAAAUUUUUAAAUAAUUAAUUAAUAAUUACAGACUCUAACAAAAAUACUGCUUUAAUUUCAAUAGCAUCAUCAUAAUAAUGUUCAUUAUAUAUUUCUAAUAAUGAUUUUUUAAAUAAUCAUUUGAAUGAAUAUUUUUAAGAUUAAACAAGCAUAUCAUCAGCUACAUUAUAUAUAUCUUUAUAAUAAGGAUUAAUUUAGAUUAAAAACUGCACAUUUUAUAAAAAUCUUGUAACUAAUUCUAGUGAUUCAAUUAUUUACAUAAAAUCAACAAUCUUAAAUUUAUAAAAUCUAGACUUUGCUAAUAAUAAUAUAAAAAAUACAUCAAAUUUGAUAAAAAGUAUAAUUUUUGCAGAAAAUGAAAAUUUAAGUUCAAUUAAUUUUGAAGCAGCAUUUCCAAUAAAAUCUAGAAGUGGAAAUGGAUAUUUUAUUGUUAAAGAACUAAUUAUUAAUAAUAUUUCAAUUAAUAGUUCUAAUUCUUUAUAAGGGGGAGGUUUCUAUAUUGCCACAUAAGGAAUGAGCAAAAUAUUAAUAUCAAACUCUUUUUUUACAAAAACAUAAACUCAACUGCAGAGUUCUGUCUUUUCUAAUGGAGGAUGUUUAUACAUUGAUGCCUCUUUGUCUUAAUUUACAUUUUCUCUAAUAAAUUCAUCAAUAGAUACAUCAUUUGCUAAAUAAGAUGGAGGAGGAAUUAUUAUAAUUCCAUCAGAAAUAUAUAAUGAGAUUUAGUUGAUAAAUGUAAAGAUUAAAGAUUGUUUUUCAUUAAAUAAUUCCUUUUUAUCAUUUAUUCCAAAUAAGGUUGAAAAUUUGCUUUCAACUAUAACAUUUUAAAAUGUUGAUUUUUAUUAAACAGAAGAGGGGUUGAAUAUGUACCUUUCAUUACUAGAAUAACUUACUAAUUCAUAAGCAUCUUAAUUAGCAAAUUCUAAUCCAUUAAUUUUUGUUAAGUUUAGUAAUUUCACUUUGGAUAAUUGUAACUUUUAUUCAACUUAUAUGUAAUUUUUGGUUUAUUUGGACUCAGUUGAUAACAUAAUUUUAACAAAUAUUAAAGUCAUUAAUAGUUCAACAUUUAAUUCUCCUUUAUUUAAAAUAAAUAUAAGAGCAGGUAAUUAUGAUUAUAUUUACAAUAGAAUUUUCUGGAUUCAUAAGGAUUUAAAAUCUUGAAUUUACUAAUAUUAUAUAAAAUUAAAAGUUUGAAGAAGGUACUUGCGUAUUAAUAAAAUAAACUUAAGAAAAUUAAUUAUAAUGUCCAGAAGAACCCUCAAAAAAUAGUGUAACUAUAAAUGAGCCAGAUUUUACAUAGAAUCAACUAAUUUGUAAUAAAAUUUUAAUAUUUUCAAACUACUAAUAUAAUUUUAGUCUUUUCGAAAUAGACUAAAUAAAUUCAAAUCAAUAAUUAUUUGUUUAAAAUAUCCAAUUUUUAAAUAUAAUUUGUGAAACAUGUUAAUUUGGUCUAAUGAGAAUUCUUGGAUUUAAAUAAUUGGUGGGUUCAAACAUGUAAUUCUCUUAUAUUUAUAUAAAAAAUAGUAUAUGUGGAAAUUCAGGUUGUUUAUCAAUUAUUAGAUCAAUUGAUGUAUCCUAUUUUUCAAGAAGUUUAUAAGAUAAUAAUCGAUUAUUAAACUCACUUAAUUACGAUAAUUUAGAAAGUCAAAUGAAAUAAUAAUUAUCCAUAGUUAAAAGUGUGUUUAUAAAUAACACAGCUUUAUUAGGAGGUUCUCUAUAUUUAAUAGAUAUUGAAACAUUAAUUAGAGAAUGUAUAUUUAUGAAUAAUUCUGCACGUGUAGGUGGAGCUAUCUACUACAAUUCCAAAGAGAAAUAAUUGUUAAUAUUAGAGACUGAUAUCACAAUGAAUCUUGCAGAUAUUGCAGGUGGAUUGUUCAUUAAUUCCUAAUAUCUUUAAUUGACAAAAGACUUAGAUGUUUAUCUAGCCAAUAAUAAUUCAACUUUAUAUGGUAAUAAUAUAGUAGAGAAACCAAGAUCAUUAACAUUAUCCUUAAAUGGAGGAUUUUCAUUUUUAGAAAAUAAACACUUUUUUCGUUCUGAAACUGAGAUGAUUGAACAAAUAAUUCUCCAUCCUUAUACAACAUAUGGUUUAUCAACUCCAUAAGUAUAUCUAAAGUUACCAUCUGGGUAACCUAUUGUUGCAUAUGAAUAUUUUGACUAUCUUACUUUUAAUUCUAUACCUUAUAAUUAUCAAUUUAGAAUUAUUGCUUUAGAUAAAUUUAAACAAUAAAUUAAAGGUUUAGAUAAUUCAUAUUGUUAUUUAAAGCCUUAAGUUUUUAAUAUAUCUGCUUAGGCUGAAUAAUUAAAUAUAGUAUUUAGCCUAUCUUUCUACAAUAUUAGUUUUAAUUAAACAACUGGUGAUUAUAAUUUAGAUAAUCUAGUAAUCUAUUUCAAUCCAAAUUAUAGUGAAGAUCUAGUUUUGAGGCUAUUCAUUAGUUGUAAUUCUGUUUCAGUACCAAUAUAUAAUGAGGAACCACCUUAUUUAAUUGAUAAAACUUUAGAAUCUUACAAAAUAUUUGUGGACAUUUAAACAUUUCCUUGUCAAAUUGGAGAAUUUUUGAAUUAUACUUCCGGAGGAUGUGUAAUUUGUGAUGCAUAUAAAAACGAAUAUUCUGUUGAAUUAGAGGCAAAAAGCUGCAGUUACAAAGAUGAUUCAAAAAUAAAUUCUAUAAAAUCUUCUAUGAUUGAAUUAAAGUCUGAUUAUUGGAGACCAUAUUACUACAGUAACAUUAUUGAAUAUUGUUACCAUCUUCCUUAAAAUUGUAAAGGAGGCUGGUUGCCAGGAGAUGUUUCGUGUUAAUUAGGGCAUAUUGGAGCUUUAUGUGAAUAAUGCGAUCUUUAUAAUAUAAGAGGUGAUGGACAAUUUUCAGUGAGUUAAGAAUUCCAUUGUGGAAAUUGCGAUUAAAUUUCCUAUAAUAUCUUACUAACUAUUUUAAUAAGUCUUUGGACUAUACUUUCAGUUUUAUUAUCAGUUAGUAGUACAGUUGCUAUGAUGAAAGAUUUUAUUCGAGAUAUAAGAUUAAAGGCUUUUGGAUUAUCUCAUUCUAUAAAAGAAGCAUCGCCAGCUAUUUUAAUUAAAAUAUUUACAAAUUAUUUAUAGAUUAUACAAGCAAUCUCAACAUUUAAACUAGAAGUACCCUUUAAUGUACUUAUAAUCAUAUAAGGUUUUGCUAAUCCGAUUGGAUCUAUGGCAUAUUCAUUAGAUUGCUUUAUAGUAUCUUUUGCAAAUAUAUAAAUUAUUUACUUUAAAUUAAUAUGGAGUUUGAUUAUGGCAGUAAUUUAUUUAAUGUUUUUUUUUCUUUUACUUGGAACUGCUGUUUCAAUAAAAUUAAUUAGGCUUGAUGUUUCUUAUAUUUCAACUCCUUUUAUCUAUUUAUUCAUAUAUUUAUAACCAAAUUUGAUAGGUUAAAUUAUCUCAUUAUUAUCUUACAGAAAGAUUUCAAAUGAGAAUUGGAUUUAAGGAAAUGUUUCAUAUUUGUAUAAUACGAAUUCUCAUUAAUAAUGGAUUUAUUCUUUAUGUUUUCCUCUUUUAUUCAUUAUUAGUUCUUUUAUUCCUUGCUGUUUAUGGUUUGGGCUAUUUAAAAAUAAACAUUAAUUGAAUAAUAUAAGCAUAAGGAGAAUUUGGGGAUAUUUGUAUAAUGAGUAUAAAAAUAAUGCUUAUUAUUGGGAAACAUUAAAAAUAAUUGAAAAAGAAGCAAUAAUAAUUGUAUUAAUUUAUUAUAAUGAUCAUAUUUAAAUUAAAGCUUCAAUUGUUUUCCUUAUAUUAUUUUAUUACAGCUUUUUAACAAAUUCAUCCAAACCAUACGCUACAGGAUAAUUAAAUCGCUUGGAUGCAUAAUCUACAAUUAUCUGUGCUAUAUCAAUAAUUAUGGCUAGUUGUAUUUAUACAGCAUAAUAACAAAGAUUAAAUGAAAUUAUUUUGCCUUCUUACUUUGUAAUUGGAUUCAUAAAUUCUUUAUAUCUGAUUUAGAUGAUUCUUUAAAUUAUCUUAUCUUAUUUUAAAAAAUUUGACCUACUAAUUGAUAGAUUUAAAGAAAUUAUUUUGAAAAAUUUUCCAAAUAUAAUUUCAUAGCAUCCUAAAAUUUAUAAUUUCUUAGAAGGGAAAAAAUAAAAGAAAUUAAGAGUUAAAAUAAAAUAUAAGAAAUUAAAAGAUUACCUAUUGGCUAGAGCAAGAAAAAAUUUGUAAUUUAAAAUGUAUUAUAAUUAAUAAUUAUUAAUAGGCUUAAUGAAAAUUUUCUAUCAAAUUAAGGAAGUUUGAAGGGAUUUGAGUAAGAAUAAAAUUUUAUUCUAUCUCCCUAAAUAAAAAGUAUCUAAAGUGAAGUUGUUUUGAAUACAAGUUAGUUAAUUUCAGAGAGAACAAAUUAAAUUUAAAAAUAUCCUGAAAACUAAUAAAAAUCAAUUUUUUAUGCAUUUUAAAGAGAUAAUAAAUAAAGACUUUUAAAGGUGGAAAAUAUUCAACAUCAGAAACCUGAAAACUCUACUUAAUGA